UCUCUCGCUAGUGGUCAACAGCCGGUCUGCCACCACCAUUGCGACUACACUCCUUCAGCCAAUCCUCCCUACCUGUCGCCUUUCGAGGACUGCCAAUGCUGUUUUAGCACCUCGCGUCACUCUUUUUACCAGCUGGACUGCAGGCUAUACUACCGUUGACCGGACCCAAUAUACACAUAUACCAACUAAUAACCACCACCACUGUCAAACAUGGGCUGCUGCGGAGAUCGCGAGAAGGGCUUGGCCAAUGUGGCCGCCGACCAAAAGUGGGAUUACAUUAACCUCUCCGACUUUAGGUCAACGUCGUGCCUGACCCCGUUCUCCUAUGCCUGGCUCUGGAUCCUCGUUCUCAUUUCUUGCGCCGUCUACGCCGCCGAUGCCUUCACUGCCGUCAAUCUACUCGCCUUCAACAAAUGGUCCAGUCAGGUACAACCCAAGGUGCCUUUUGAAGUCGCCAAGUGGAUCUUCGCGAUCACCAUCAUUAUCUCCUAUGUGUUUCUGGUCUACAGAGGUAUCAGGGCUUUCAAGGUCAUGCGUUCUGGAAGUGUAACAGAAUGCUAUCUUGAACCCAUGGCCGCUAUCUGGCAGAGUAUGCGACUCACCAGCAGCGGCCGCGGCUGGCGACGUUUCCUGGUCUUCGCCGAGCUGACGAAGAGUAAGAAGGGCGCGAACUACAUUGCUCUCUUCGUUUAUUUCCAGUUCAAGAGCGCACUCAUCAUCAUUGUCGCUCAGGGACCACGUAUCGCAAUCAACGCCAUGACCCUAUACGCUGUCAUGCAAGCUAAUCUUCUCCCGGUCGGCGAGCACGCGUCUGAGGAUCGCUCCAACUUCGAGCAAUUUUUCAUGAACAUCAAGGCCAUGAUCGAAACGGGCAACAAGCAGGAGACUGUCGUUUAUUUCACGAUGUUGUUCUCCCUGCUCAUCUGGGUCAUCGCCGCGCUUGGUAUCAUAAUCUCGUGUAUCUUCUACAUCUUCUUCCUUUGGCACUACAUCCCACGUGCGGACGGAAGCUUGACGAACUACUGCCGUCGUAAGGUCGAGGGCCGUCUUGCUCGUAUUGUAGGCAAGAAGAUGAAGAAGGCGAUCGAGAAAGAAGACCAGAAGCGACGAGCAGAGGAACAGCGCGCAAUCAAGAAGGGCACCCUGAACUCAUCCAGCUCGAAACCCACAUUGCCGAGCCUUGCAGGAAAAGAGGACGACGGUGCUUCCAUUUAUGGCAUACAACGAUCAGACACAUUCAGCACUGUUGCAACCUUGCCGCCCUACUCGUCAGCCGCCCCGUCGCGCACGAACACUAUGGCUACGAAUACCUCCGCUGGCUUUGUUAGAAAGCCUGUUCUGCCGACGCUCAAUGAACGGCCCGGCGCAGCACGAUCCGAUACCACGUACUCCACGACCAGCUACGGCUCGAAUGCGCCACUCUUGAACCAAGCUAGCGAUAUGGGCAGGGUCUCUCCGAUGCCACCAGUCCCUCAGAUCGACCAGAACGCAUACUUCUACGAGGUUCCUCCCCUUGCGCCGCCUGCUCGUGCGUUCACCCCUGCAUCGCAAGGCAGGGCGUCUCCGCGACCGAUUCUCCCACCAGUCGACACGAACUAUUCGAAUGACCGUUACUCGCCUCCCCACGACAUGGUUUCGCCCCUAAGCGACACGUACAGCGCCCAGCCUACGCAGACGUAUACGGCAUUUUCACCUUACAACAAUCGCGGACCUACUUCAGGCCCCGCUUACGAACUGUCACCCGUUGACACGACCGCUCAAGACGAUGAUCCUCUACAUUAUUACACCAACUCGAACGCCUCAGACGAAUACCAGCCCCCACAGCUUCCUGGUGCGCUGCGUGCUGGCUCACCAGCGAUGUCGCAGACAUCCAACGUGCCUCCUCGAUCCGGCACCGCUCCUCCGCCACGAGCCGGCACUGCACCACCGCGCGCAGGUGUCCCUACAAGUCUACAAUCCGCUAUUCAGCGUCGCGAGGCUUCACAACCCCUACCCAAUAGGGCCAUGACUGGCUCUGUGCCUGCUGUUCAACAACGUAGUGCAACGGCGCCCUUGCGACAGCCCGCUUGGAACACCCAGACGCAGAGGAAUUAUACACCCUCGAGUCUGGGCGAACGAAGUUACACGCCUGCGGAGAGGAGCUACACACCUGCAGAUCGCAGCCACACCCCCGCAGGCACAGGCUACCCACCAUCGAAUCAGAGAGGCUUCGACAAUGGCUACGGCUAUUAGUCGUUGACAUCUAGCACCUCGAUCAUUUUCCUUGUUUUUUCUAUCGUUCGCAUCUACCGGCGUUUUCUUCUCCACUGCUAGACACCCAGCAUUCGACCCACACCAACGGAGACGAUUAGGAUUGAUGACCCAUGCAUUCUGUUCAUAGUUUCGAGAUACC